CGCUGGGACACCGAAAUGGUUCUGCUGUUUUAUACUCUAUAUGGAUUUGCAAUAUUUUUCUUUGGUGGAUGGUGUUUCGUCUGGCUUUUACAUAUUAUCGCAAUUUUUAAUGGUAAAUUGAAACUCCAUAAAAAACCACAAUUACCCUCACCAGAAGUCCCUUUACCCGGAGUGUCGAUACUGAAGCCUUUGACUGGAGUGGACCAAAAUCUCUUUACUAACUUGGAGUCAUUUUUUACUAUGAAUUAUCCCAAAUAUGAAUUAUUGUUUUGUAUUGAAGAUGAAAGUGAUCCUUCCAUUAUGCUUGUCAAAAAGUUAAUUGAAAAACAUCCAGAAAUUGAUGCUAGUAUAUUUAUUGGAGCUCCUAAAGUUGGUGUGAAUCCCAAAAUAAAUAACAUGAAUCCAGGUUAUGAAGCAGCCAAGUAUGACCUUAUUCUAGUCUCAGAUAGUGGAAUCAGAAUGAAAGAAGAUACAUUAUUAGAAAUGGUAUGUGCAAUGACAGAAAAAGUAGCUCUUGUUCAUCAGAUGCCAUUUACAUGUGAUAGAAAUAAUUUCCCAGCAGUCAUGGAAAAGGUAUAUUUUGGUACAUCUCAUGCCAGAAUAUAUCUUGCAGCUGACAUGUUUGGUAUAAACUGUCCUACUGGAAUGUCAGCUUUAAUGAGAAAAAAGCUGUUGGAUGAAGUUGGAGGAAUAAAAGUUUUUGGCCAAUAUUUAGCAGAAGAUUUCUUUUUUGCCAAAUCAUUUACAGACAGAGGUUGGUCUAUACGAAUCAGCUCUCAACCUGCAUGGCAAAAUAGUGGUAUUUGUGAAAUUCAAAAUUUUAAUGGUCGUAUUUCAAGGUGGGCCAAAUUGAGGUUUGCUAUGGUACCAUACACAAUAGUACUUGAACCACUAUCUGAAUGUAUUGUAUUAGGAGCCUUUGCUGCUUGGGCUCUCAACGUGUUAUUCCAAUGGGAUGUUUUUGUUGUAUAUUUAGUCCAUGUCUUAGCUUGGUUAAUUCUAGACUGGAUUCUAUUAAAUGUUAUACAGAACAAUGCACUGCCAUUCAACAAAAUGGAUUUUGUAAUAGCUUGGACAUUUCGUGAACUGGGUGCUUUUUAUCAUUAUUGUGUAGCACUGUUUGAUCCAAAGAUUCAGUGGCGGACUCGAACAUUUUACUUAAAAUGGGGAGGCCUUGCGGAAGAAGUUAGUGCUCGCAUCUAGAUUAUACAUUUAGAUAGGACUACUUUCAAUUUGUGAUUGAUGCGACGAAAAAGCCAGUGUUUGGAGCCUAGAUCAGGUACCUGAUGAAAUCAACUGGCAACUAUAAAACUGUGUUAUCUAUUUUUUUCAACUGCUGGUCAGUAAAUUUGUGGCUUGUGAUGUACAGAACAAUUUUUUGUACAAAGUUCCUUCAAAGGAGUCCACUUACUGUGAUUUAUUUUACCUCCCAAAGGGACAGCUCUUUGCUCAAAUAAUCAUGUAGUAAUUGUUUUACCCCUUUUGUAUCGUAUCCUGCCUCCAAAUGAUAUUUGUCUACCAUAACUUUCAGUAAUUUAAAUUCCGUUGACUAUUACUAAAGUUGAUUUUGUAAAGAUGUGAUUGAAGAUACUAAUUUCUGUGGUUUAACUUCUGUCUACUUUCAUGCAAAAGUGAAAUACAAGGUCUUAAUUAUAUAAUCAACUCUGUUUUCAUAAAACUAGAAAUUAGUACUAUCUUUAUCCCCUGUUAUGUUUUAUUUUAUGUUAUGUAUGUUUUUAUAUUGGUUUGUUACAAAAUUGAAUUACUGUAGUGCUUUAAAUGAAGUUUUAUGCACCUUUGUUUAUCAUCAGUUUGAACGUUCCGUCUAGUUGAUAAAAUGAAUGAAAAUAUAGAUCUAGUUCAAUAAAAAAAGUAAUUCUUACAAUUAUUGAGCAAACCGCACCCUUCUUUUCCAUCUGUUUCCCCUCAUCAACAAACGUGUAUAGCGAGGAAUUCUUUAAAUUUGUAUUACUUGUGUGUAGCAAAGUAAUUGUUUACAUGAGGAAUUGAAUCAUUAAUUUGAUGAUAAAUUAUAAAUUAUCAUUAAAAGUUUUAAGAAAAUUAAAAUAUGGAGCAUGUAGAUAUUAAAUUUUAAUAUGUACAGUAAGUUUUAGAUUUUAAAGUGGCAAAAAUUUAAUUUUUUCCUAAUGAUUCUUGUACAGUUUUUAUGUUCAGUUAAAAUUAAACUACUUAAUACACUCGAAUACUAUUUAGGUUCAUUUUGUGCUCUUGUGCAUGGAUGUAAGCUUUUUUUUUUUUUCAUGAUUGACAUGCAGAUUGUCUUUUGUAUGAAAAGUUUUUAAAGGAAAUACUCAUAACUUUGUUUAGUUACUGCUCCUUGUCUCGCCCUAAAAUAAUAGUGUCAUCAAUGGGUUAUUUAAUGUAUUCAUACAAGAGUUAUUUAUUAUGUUAAAACUCAUGCAACCUAUAAUUUUUUUCUAUGAUGAAUUAAGUUUUAAUGUUGAGAAUAUUUCUUCUUACAUUGCUAAAGAUAAAUUUUAAAAGGAAAUCCUUAUAACAAAUCUAUGUCUUAAAAAUAUAUAGAGUAUCUGAGAAAGGUCUUUACUAUUCUAAAUUUUAAUAAGAAUAGUACCUAAAAGGUGAAAUUAAGCUUAUUUUGCUGCAAAAGAAUGAAAAGUUUAAGUAUGUGGAGCAGAGGGUGCUAAUUGUUAGCUAUAAUUGAGUUUUAAAAAAGAAAAUGGUGACCUCACAGGAAAGAGCCCAGUGUUUGUUGUGGUUAGCAAAAAAAAAAAAAAAAUCUUUAACAUCCUUACAAAGAAAUUUCUGUUAGACAUUCUGCAAAAAUCCACUAUAUGUCACACUUGUUAGUUGUCUAUGGUAGAGUUUUUUUCUUCACGGAAAUCUGUGGUUUUCUUCUAGCUUACUUUAACAAACACUGCACUUUCUCCUGUGCAGUCGCUACUUUAAUUUCUUAGCUCAAAAGCUAUUAACUAUCACCCUCUACUGCUGCCAGAAGAAAACAUUCAUAGUUUUUAAUUCUUUUGUAGCGAAAUGUGUUUCUUUCCACCUGGUAUUUUUGUUAUUCAAAUUUCGACUAUUGAAGAUCUCACUCCGACACCCUACAUUUUAAGAAAUCUGGUUAUCUAUAUAAAUAUCUAGAUAAUACUUUAUCAAUAAAUAUUUAAGAUUCAUUUUUUGUUUUUAAAAACUACUUUGUUAUACUGCCCUUAUUUUCCUCCCCAUUUGCAUUGAUAGCUUAAAACAAAAAUGUGGCACUUUCUCAAACAGAGAGUUCCUAAUUGCAUGUUAAGUACUUAAUUUAUCCAUCAUCAUAAAGCCACAGAUAUCAAAGGCAAAAUAACGUAAAAUUUUCUAUUCAAAGUUUUUUAAAAGUCAAUUUAUACGUAGCAUUUAACUAUUCUUAAUAAUGAAAAAGGUAAAGACUGAUCUCUUUGUGAUCUCAGCUAUGCAAUCUAGUUAAAAGUAGGUUUUUAAUAUUCCAAACUUUUUCUACGUUGAAAUGUGCUUAGUUGGUGUAACAGCCUAUUAAGAUAGCUUUUUUUUCAAAGCUUAAGACUGUAUUUAAAAAAGAACUUGCAAAUACAGUUUCCUGCUGUUGAAUAUAUAUAAUUACUUAAGUUUUAAAAGAAACAUAUUUUUGUCAUAUAGACAAAAUAAGAAAUUUUGCUGAAAUUGUAUUUAAAAUAUAUCGGCCCAAGAAGUGUAAUUUUAAGGAUAAUGAUCCUAAUGGUCCCUUUAAAAGCUUUUAUAUUGUCUCUAAACCUGAGUUUCCUGAAGCAGAUGUGAUGUAAAAAAACAUACAAUUUUAAACUUUUUUUUAUUCAAUAUAAAUUUUAUUGAAUUUUGUUCUUCUAAUUGAAACAAAUAAUAGCUUUAAAAUGUUUUUAAUACUUUUUUUUGUGGAGAGGGGGGGGGAUUUGUUAUCCUUGAUUCUUUUAUAACUCUUAGUCCCUGUGAUUGCCUUUAUAAUUUCUGGAAUUUUUUGUAAUCAACAUUAUCAUUUUUGUUGCUGUCUACAAUGUCAUAUGUUGGUUUUAUUUUAAGCUACAUUGUUAGUAAUAGUUACGAAUAUCUUUUCAUUAGCAACAAAAUUUUUGUCUUCAGGGUUUUUUAAAAGAAUAUCAAUUUGUCUGGUAAUGUAAUGAUGAAAAUUUUUGCUAAUUUUCUUUUCUAAUGCAUUCUAGAUUUGCAGAAAGGCACUUAUUUAAUAUUGUAUACUUAUUCAAGAUCUUGCCUACCUCAAUUUUUCUGUAAAUUUGAACAAAAGCAACGUCACAUUGUUUAUGUGAAAUCUUACCUAGUGGCUUAUUUACUUGAUGGAAAAAAAAACAUUUGCAAAUUUCCAUGAAAUUUGCUAAUAGAAGUUGAAAUUUUUAAAAAACAUAAAUUCUUAGCUCCCUAAUGGCUCCUUAUGGCGAUUAUUAAAUUAUUUUAUUAAAAUACUAUGGUUUAUAUUUGAAAUCUUAAAUUACUACAACAUUAUCUAGAAACAGUGGGAAGAUAUCCUCCAGGUCUUGGGGAUUUAGUAAAUUGUUGCUAUUUGUUUAAAGUAUCAUAAGCGGUAAUGCUUUAUAAAAUUGGAGUGCAGAGGGAAUGAGUUUCUAACCACCUAACCUCUAAACAGAAGUAAGGCAUGACCAUAAAUGGAAAGAACUCUUUAAAGGAUAUUUCCACCAACUUCACACUCCAAUUAACACUCCACUCCACGUCAUCAAGGUUGGGAUUUCGAUGAAGUUCAGUGGUAAGUUUUUAUUGAUGAAAGAAAGAUAUGAGAAUAUUUUGUCUGUACAAUAUGUUUUUUAAAUGAAUAUUAUAAAACGUAUACCUUAUUCUAGUCUAUUGCAUAAAAUUCGCUGAUUUUAUAUAGAAUGCCACCGAAAAUGUACCACAUAAUACUAAAUAGAACCCACCAACAAAAUAGACCCACUUUAUUAUUAAGAGUAUAGUUUGGGGGGGGGGGGAAUUGUUUUUAAAUUUUUUCUCAAUCGUAUAAACCUUACAGGGACAACUGGGAGGUGGGCUGAUGCUUGAUGCUCUGAAACGAAAGCAGAAUCGUAACCUUGUCCUCUUUCCACAAAUUUCUUUUUUGAGAUGGAUGAACCUCUUUUUCCGUACUCUAGUUUCUUAAGCGUAAUUCAGACAUCGUCCGUUCGCCACGUUAAGCGAACAGAUGUAUGUAAAGCAUAUGACAGUGCUCUCACCCAAUAGAGAUAAUUUUUCCAGAAGGGGACAAAUUGUAUUUACUCAAUUUAUAAUUCAUAAAACAGCAACUAAAUGACAUCUGACUUUGUAAUGCAUUUUCUUAAUUCCAGAUGCUGUUUAUUAAUCUUGCCUCUGUUGCGUAUAGUUAAACUUGUUUAUUUCAAAACUUCCAAACCCUUCCCAUGUUAGUAAUUUACAAUUUUCUUGUAUUUGUAGCAUAAAUUAAAUGCUUUUCCCAUUUCAAUCAAGAUUAAAUUUCAUCAAAAACCUCUGUCUCAAACAAAUUUUUCUACCUUCCCCUGAAAUUUCAGGAGACUAGGUUCUACUGUACACUUCUGAUAGCUUUUGGAUAGUCAUCCAUAUACCGCUCAAUCCAUUUGCAUGGGUAUGAUUUUAUAUGCAUAUAUUUGCAUAAUUAUAAUUUCAAGCUUUGGGUGUCACACCCACAACUUUUUUUUUUUUUGGCAUACAGGAAUUUUCUUUUUUAAAGUUGAUAUUCUCUAUUAUGUUACAUAACACUUUUGAAUAUUUAAAUGUGUUACAAUUAAAAUCUGAUGUUUGAAAUUCCGAGAAUAAAGUACCAAUAUAUAUGAAAAUAACAUCCCUGCAAAUGGACUGAGCAGUAUAAACUCUGUUUACUAACAAAAUUUUUUCAAGCUAUUCUCUUACGUUGCACUUUUAUGUUUCUUGUAAGAAGAGAUUUUGUUUUAUAAGCAGUGAUGUUCUCAUCAAUUUUUCUGAGGUUGUACUCCCAGUAAUCCAUUAUGCACAGUAUGCAUAUGCGAUUACAAGGCGUUCAAAAGGCGUUGAUUUAAUAAGUAUUAAGAAAUAUAAAGAAAUAAAGUUACGUGAGAAAGUGUGGUUAACGUAAAUAUAUUAUUUUUGCUUUAGGAAAAUUUAUAAAUGCAAAGAAAGAAUCUGAAUUACAAAUGAAAAUUUUUGAAGCUUGAGGGUAUACGCUAUAAUUCUAAAAAAUGUUUGAGAAUAUAUGGAGUAUACCCUAUGGGAACACCACUAUUUAUAAACCCAAAUAAGUAUGUAAAAAUCUUUGAAUAUCUAAAAUGUUGAACAAUUCAUGUCGUAUAAUGCAAUUCAAAAAUUUUGUUUUUAAGUCUUGGUUGUAUUUAGUGAUGUCUGAUUAUUUUUAUGCACUUUAGUUCCUUUUUAGUAUUUGACGUAUGUUCAUUUUAUUGUGUUUUAAAAAUCCCACCCAUUUAUCACAUUCCAUAAACUUUAUUAUAGAAGAUACUAUGUUUAAUGGUGAAAUGUCCAAGCAAAUUUUUUGUACAUAGCUUAAAGAAUUAUUUGUGUGAAUAUUAGUUUUAGUUAUUAUUAGCUACUUUGAAAGCUAAACAAAGCCAUUUAUUGUUUUUAGUGUCCUGAGAGUAACAAAUCGUUCCUUUUAUCAGUAUUUACUUGCAUUAUAUUGAAAAUGCAGAAACAGUAGUGCUAUGAAUACCUUUAUAUUUUAGAAAAUUUCUUGUGGCAGGCUACUUUGAGAAAUUAAAGAAAAUGUAUAUCUUUAAAAUUAUUUGAAGAUUAUAUUCAUAACAUAUUUUGAUGAAUGAUUUUUCUGUUAAAAAUGUUUGAUACUACCUAACCACUGUUUUGAAUAUAUGCCUGAUGGUUUGAUUUGAAAACAAAGAUAAAAUUAUUUGUGACUCUUUCAUAAUCAACUCAAAAGUAACUUGGAUCCCAAAAUUAAAAUAAUAUAAGUUGCUUUAUAUUAAACGCUUCAUCACAGCUUAUUUAUAAGAAAAUUUUGAGCUUUAACCCCAUAAUAUGCAUGACUUAAAAUUGAAAACCUGCACCUAAAUUCAAAAUAAAAACAUGCUACUGCAGAUAUAAAAAAAAUUAUUGUAUGUAUUCAAAAGAAAUCUCUUAACGCCCCCUCCCCCCCCCCCUCCAGCUGUAACUAUUCCAUUAUUUAACUGAUAUCCACCAAAUCUUGAUUUCCUUCUUGUGAUAUAAAUAAAAUUUUUCAUUCCAUUUCUUUUUAAAGGCUUCUUUGAAUGUGAAAUUUAAAGUGCAAGUUUUCCUUACAAUAUUCCAAAAAUUACAUACAUUAUCUCUAAGUUAGCAUACAUAUGAGGCUGUGAGAAACAAAUGGAUGCAAGUGAGCAUUUUCAAGUUUUGAGUAAAAUGCAUUUUAACUUCCAGUCCUUGGUACACUUGCAUUGAGAAGUUUUUCAAAGUCAUGCUAUAUAGCUGAACCUACCAGAGCUGCUAGUACCAUCGCUUACCACAAAACAGAGGAGAAAUUCUCUUACCCUUUGUACUGGUUAUCUCCAAAUUUUUGAUUUUGACACUUAAUCCCUUUGCUCCUCACUGCGUCGUAUGUGAUUUGGUCCGCACAGAGUUUUAGUAAUUGCGUAAAAUUAGGUUGCCCAAAGCUUAUUUACUUAUUCACGCAUGCUGCUAAUUUUUCUUCUAAAAACAAACACUGGCUGUAUUCUUCAAUUAUACUGAAUUGGUGUGUCAAAAUGUUACAGACUUGUACAAGAUAGGCCAAGCCUUAAGCAUUAUAAAGUAAUGUUUUUGUUGUGUUAUUAUCACUAGCAAUCAUUUUUCUUCUUAUUUAUUAAUUUAUAGGCAAUACUUGUUCAGAAAUGCUGGCAUAUCAGUAAGUUUUAAGAAUUCUUUGUAGUUAAAGAAAAAAUGUGCUAAUGAAUAAAAAUUCUUUUGAGUAGAAAUUAAACGUUUAAGCAUUACCUCUUGUUUUUAUUAUUUUUUUUAACCAAUAACUUUUGAAGAAUUUCUAUGAGAAUCUGUUAAUUUCUUACAUAAUGUAAUGCAAAAACAAAAAUGUGAUAUGUGCUUGGUUUCUUGAUGGUAUGUAAUAAUUUAUGUAUGUAAAUGUUCAUUUAUGUUUAUAUAUGCGUGUAAAAUGAUAUAUUAUAAAUUUUUGCCUUAAGAUUUCUGACUUAGACAUAAUUAACAUUUUGCAAUUGCUAAAAUCAUUUAACUACAAAAUAUUUGUUACGUCUAAAAUGAUUGUGAUAUUUUUUUUCUAUUCCACACUUUAUAAAUCUUAUUAUUUUUCCAUAUAAAUACCUUUAUUUUUCUUUACAUAAAAUUUCCAAUUUUUAUUUGAAUGAAAAUACAUACUAUUUUAUUUACUUUCUUUUAGUUUUCUAAAUUGUUUAGCUGCCUGUCUCAAAAUGAAAUGCAAUGAAAUCUUUUUAUUCACAUAUACCUUUACUAUACUGCAAUUGUAUAACUUUCAAACUUCCUUUUCACGAAUAAGAAGUAAAAUGAUGUUUAUACCAUGCAAUUACCUACCUGGGCAGGUGACCAUAGGCAGUAUUUAAACUGCAUUAUUGAGUAAAGACGCAUCCUGCAUUGUUUUCCAUUGGCACUGUGUCAACUGUUUUCAAUGUCUUUACUGUUGUUAGCCAAACACACUGUAUUUGAGUGAUAACUUUUGUUAGAAAAUUUACAAGGCAUAAGAAAAUGAUAGGUGCAAUUAAAGUUUUUAAAAUUCUGAUAUUUCAAUUCAAUUACAUGAAAAGAAUAUAUUUUAUGAAUUAUUUGUAUUCCAUAAUUUUCAAAAUUAACUUCAACUUAUAUAUCUCCCAUAAUAGUUCUUAAAGAGUUAAUGAUUGCAAUAUUUGAAUUUCUGAACAAAAAAUGUUCCAUAAAGCAUUUUUGCAUACUUGAAUUUUGGAAUGUGUAAUUGAAUCAUUUAAGAAAUCUAUUAUAUAACCUGUAUUCAAUGUAUUUCAUUUAAUCAGCUCUCUCAAUUCUGCAUAAUGUUUGAAAUGCCGUUUUUGAUUUUCACAACUCAACACAGUAUUGAACUGUAGAUUUCACUGCAUUUCACUCCCACCUGUUUUGUAGAAAAUGCUCUUUUUAAUUUUUGCUGGUCAUCGUUGAAUAUUGAGAAAAGUGGUCUUGUUUUUCGUUUCAAUAGUCAAUCAUGUCUUUAGAUUUUAUAUGCUUGUACAAAUGUAAUAUAAUUCAAACGAGUUUCAUUUUUUAUCAGUUUUGGAGAAAUGUUGCAUCUGAGGCCUCCAAAAGAGUACUGUUUGUGAAGUUGAAUAUUGUAACAAAGUGCUCUUUUUACUUGCUUGAUCGAUGAAGUACACCCUCCUGUAAUAAAAUGUAAAAAUUGCUC